AUGGCGAUGGCAAAUAAUAGUUGCCCGUCUCUGGUAAUGCUUACAAAUGUGCGUAAUUUUUGUACCACAAUAAACGAAAUAAUACUGAACGUAACAAAGCCUAAGCCUGAACCCGAAUCUGAACCUGGACCUUUAUCUAAACUGAAUCAGAACCUGAACAUGAACAUAAACCUAAACCUGAACCUAAACCCGAAUCUGAACGUGAACCUGAACCUGAAUUCAAAUCUUAAUUUGAACCUAAAGCUAAACCUGAACUUGAACCUAAACUUGAAACCUGACCAUGAACCUGAUCUGAACGUGAAUUUAAACUUGAGCCUGAACCUGAACCUGAACCUGAACCUAAAUCUAAACCAGAACCUGAACCUGAACCUGAACUUGAACUUGAACUUGAACUUGAACUUGAACCUGAACUUGAGCCUGAACCUAAACCUCACCCUGAGCCUGGUCCAGACUCAGAACCUGAAUAACCUAAGCCUGAACCUGAACCUGAACCUGAACCUGAACAUGAACUUGGACCUGAACUUGAACCUGAACCUGAACUUAAACCUGAACCUGAUCCUGACCCAGAACCUGAACGUGAACCUAACUGUGAACCUGAACCUGAAUCUGAACUCAAACCUUAAACUGACCCUAAACCUCAACCUGAACCUGAAUCUGAACUUGAACUUAAGCAUGAACCUGAACCUGAAUUCUCUAUUCCGAAUGAAUAAAUAA